AUGUAUACGAUAUUCGGGUUGUUGGAUUUGGUGUGGUGCUCCAUCACGGUCUACGUGGUGCUCAAAUAUUCUCCAAAUCAUAUGGUCGUCUACAAAUGGGCGUUGGUGAACACUGUUGUCAGCGGCUUGUUUUGCGACGUGACGUCGGGAUUUUUAUCUCCAGUGCUGAUUGAGCCGUAUUUUGGAUUUUACAGUAUUUCAUUCCUAGCGUUGAGCCCGCUGGUGAUGCACGUCACGUUUUGCCUAUAUUUCAUCAGCCUUUUCUGCAUCCUUUAUGCGAUUUCUAUCACUUAUUACUACCGUAUCGGUCUGUCAUUACCUGCGGAAAAGUCCGCGUCGCUUCUCAAAUACGCGAGAAUCAUCCUGGUCAUCUGCUAUUGCCUGGGCCCAUUUGGUGCCCUAACACUGACGAUUGACUAUUUUGGGCAAUUGCCAGAAUAUACGGCCCGUAAGAUGUGGCAAGUGAUGAUAUUUCAGAUCAUCCUCUUCUGCCUCACCACCGGUUUUCCGUUGCUGUUCUACCUGGCCACCGUGCUUGGCGCACCAGCGCUUUUACCCGGGGAAGUGACGAACCUUGCGCCAUUACAUCAUUGUAUACACUCCUUAUUUAACUGCCCGAUCAUUCUGCUGGUCACAAAGAACUACCGGGCGGCCGUCUUCGAAUUCCUGGGCAUUAACGUGCAAAAAUUGCAAGUGAAGUCCCAGGAGACGGCCUACACGAUUACCCCAAAAAAUAUGCGCCUGAACACGAAGAACGUGGCGUUUGUGGUUGUGGUACACGACAGACACAACCUCACCGAGUACGACUUUGCCCAAAUGACGCUCAAGUGCUAUGCGGAAUCGCGGGGCAUCCCGUAUGUUCUGGUGGACAAAACAUCAGAGCAUCUGCAUGGAUGUCCGAUGGCCGAGCUAAUGUACGGACGUCACUGCCUGCUUGCAAACCUGAUGGCCGCCACCGGGCACCAGUGGUUCGUCAUGUUCGACGCGGAUAUGGGAAUCAUCAACCCCCGUCAAUCGAUCGACCGCUGGAUUCCGACAGACGAGGACACGUUUCUCGUGCUGACAAACCGGGUGAUGAAUUCGGAGAUCAUGGCUGGCAGCUACAUUGUCAGAAAUGACGAGCGCGGUCGGGAUUUCUUGAAUUCCUGGGCGGCCGGCGAGAAAUCGUACUCGGGGCUGAAGGGCCGCGACAACGCCGCGAUACACUGGCAAAUUGAAUGCACCCACGUGGAGGCACUGCACCCACGCGAAGCACUGCACCCACGUGGAAGCACUGCACCCACGUGGAAGCGCUGCACCCACGUGGAAGCGCUGCACCCAUGUGGUGGCACCGCACCCACGUGGAAGCACUGCACCCACGUG